AUGAGCACUGCGAGCAGUCUGAAGAAUAAAUUUGAGCAGCAAAUUCAGGAGGUGAACGCUGUUCCUGAAAAGCCGAAGAAGCCCCAGAAGCAGAGGGAGUGGACCCCCACCAACAACGGCGCCACGGGCGCCCACAACGCCACCGGGUAUUCGGCGCAGACAAAGAAGCAAACCAGGUACGCGGAAGGCCAGCUGCCACCCAAGAAGAGUCUCACCGAUCUCCCGUAA